CUUACAUCGCAUACAGAUUAAUGCAAUUUUAAGUAAUCAAAGUUUGAUGUUAUGAAAUUAUUUGCAAAAGGGAAGCAAUUUAAUCACUAUAACUUACUUUGAAAGCAGUCUCAUUCUUUUUGUUAGCUGUGUGUAUGUAAAAGUAUAAAACAUACUUGCACACACACAUUUAGAAAUAAAUAAAAGGUGGUCAAAGGUCAAAGGUCAAGGUCAAAGUGACUUCACAAAACAUGUGUUAGUCCAUAAUUCCAUAAUUCAUACGCUAAUUAGCCAAUUUGGUAAAAAUAUAAAGUGGAAACAUUUUAUAUCCAACAGGUCAAAGGUCAGUCUCAUUGUUGAGAAAGCCUUUAGGGAAUUCCUUCAAAUUUGGCACAAGCAUUCACUUGGACUCUAAUUAUGACAAACUUCACACAAAUGUCUAAAAGUUUUCAGUAAUUUUUUGGCUUCACCAGUCAACCAUUUCAUGAGAUCUUCUCUGCAAUAUGUAAUUACUGAGUGGGGAUAUAUCGGUUACAGGUAUCACGGUAAACUACGGUAAAAUUAAAAAAAAAAACAAAGCAGCCCUGUUCAGAACGGUCGGGUUUGAGUGCCUGUCUCCAACGCCAGCACGCUUCACGCUUAAGUCAAUUCCCCCGGCCACAAAGCACACAACAGUACCGGUAACUUUUACCGAGUCGUCCUCUCUGGCAGCGGGGGUAAACGUUGUGUGAAUCUCUAUAAAAAUAUCAGCAGGGAAGAAUAUGGUUAUAAGUUACCAUAAGUAACCUUAUAAGUUUGAAGUGCAUCUUGCACACAUUUAACAAACAUUAAACGUUAUGUUAGCGUCACUGAGGCUCCAGCAGUUAACUGCAGUUAGCGUUUGCUAGCGUUACACAAACAAUGAAAAACAAAGCAUAAACUCUUAAAAAUACUUAGUUUCUUCCUCUGCCAUCUUGCCACGGACAGUUGGUACUGCUCCCCCUUUCAGCAACAGUGUUGGGACAGUCCAGCAUUGUACUGACCGAGGUUCAUUGCCGUCAUAUAUAAACUGUAUCCACAGGACUCCUGCAUCCUCUGAGGCUGGGACUCAGAACAGAACAGUUAGCAUACUUUUGCUCAGACAUAAGGCCGCUCUUCCGCUCCUCUGCUCCCUCGCCGCACUCUCGCCUUUUUAUCUGGACAAUGGUGGAGCGCUGCUAGGCAACGUCUGCGGUGAACGUUCGCAAUCAGGGAAUGUGACGCCACACGCCCUGCGAAGUCAACAUUAACUGCUUUAUCUCCGGUAUUCUGACUGAGGCACCCCACAAAAACAAUACUGAGUCAUCUGUUUUCACACUUUGCCUGCUGAUAGGCCCUCCAGAGUCCCAAAUGUAAAUAAUCAAUCGAUUAAAAAGUUGGUUUUACAUAAUAUGUCCCCUUUAAAGUCAGCCAAGUUAUCAACCUCAUUUACAUGUAAUAUCUAACUGCUAUGCUACUGGUCUUGAAAUCACUAAAUGGUUUAAGUCCAGAAUACACGAAUGACAUGUUGGUAGAGUAUAAAUCCAGUAGGCCUCUGAGAUCUACUGAUUCAGGUCAGAUAGUGGCGCACAGAGUUCAAACUGGACAGGGUGAAGCAGUAUUUAGUUGUUAUGCUGCACACAACAAACUACCAGCAGAGCUGAGGGGUAUUGCACAAAAGUAGAAUAAAGAAAUCCAGGAUAAUUGAGCAAGCGCGGCUUGACUUAGCCUGCUCGGCGCAUCCUGGUUUAAUCGGUUGCACGUUUGCCGAGCCAGGAUUAAAAGGUGCGGCUAUGUUAAGCCAGGUGUAGAUAGUCGGGAUAAGUGCGUGUUCACGGCAUACUGAAAUAGACCUCGCGAUCGCUCACAGAAUCACCGAUGGGAACAUGGAUAAGAGUCGCUGAACAACAGCUCCUGAUGGAGUUCUAUGAAGAGGUGGAAGAUAGAAGAAACAAAGGCAAUACCAAUGCCAUAAUUAAAGAAAGAGAGAAAGCCUGGCAGACAAUAGCGGACCGGCUUAAUGCUUAAGUAGUCCAAAACUGUACAAUGAAUAAACAGUGCUCCACUGGAACUGUCAUCAUUAGGCUCCAAUUAAAGGACUAAAGGAGUUACUGUAAGUCCACUAAUCAACUGUUGUACACUUUGCUUUAAAUGUGGCAAGUAGAGGUUCAUGUUACUUAAAUGUAGAGUAUGAUUAAGUGCAAACAAUUAUCCACAAUGUGUGUCAUUUAAUCUAUUUCUAUCUAUUUUAUCUUUCUAUCCUUCAUAAAGAACAAACUUGUCUGGCUUCUUCUGGUUUUCUCUGAGGUAGAUAUAAACAAUAAAAGUAAGAAGUAAUAUAAAUAUAAACACUAUGUAUAGGAACAAGCAACAAAACACAACAACACAGAUCUCCUACAAUGUUCAAACUGAUUAGCUGAUUGAACAGUGGAAUAGGUCCACACCUGUGUAAUUAGUCCGGUUUUAAAUCAAUGUCUGCUAACAGAGUGGCAGAAAUGUUGAAGUUCCUAUAAUCCUCUUCACAUUAAAAGCAUCUCGUUCAUUCACGAAUGGAAUACUUUUAUUGUGAAGGAACAUCAACAGGAAAUAGCGUCAUUACGUCUAACGAGUGACGGAUGACAGACAGUAAAGGAUGUCAGGGAGGGGGAGGGGGAGACCGCCGCUACCGCCCCCCCCCCCUACCUGGUGAUGACGCUCAAUGACACGCCCCCCUCACGGUCAGUCGGAGCAGCGCAGAACAGACGCAUGCGCAGAAGAGAGAUGUGAGCGACAACGACGGAAAAAGAAGAAAAACGGAGUAGACAACUCACAAGGAUAAAGACAGGCUUACGUCGCCUGAGAGAGCACCAAACAGAGGCCUUACCACUGUCAGGACUUCCAGCAGAGACGCAGCUACCUUCUAAGAUCUUGGAAUCAAGCUCAGAAUCAGAGGAAACAAGCAUCCUUGAAACCUCACACUCUGAUCCUGAGGACCCAGAUGAACCCCCCCUGACAAGAACUGAAAGUGUAUUUCUCACCAGAGAAUACCUUGAACAGAUUUCCAAGGCAUCACACGCCUUUGACACCUCUAUAAGCAGUGGUGAUGAAUAUAUUCUGUCGAAAGCCUCUGUUUAUGAAAGCAGUGCAGAAGAACCUGACAGUCCCAUGAGCAAGGUUCCAGUGGUAAAGCAGAAGACGUCACAAAGGACAUACAAGAAAAAAAAGAAAGAAACGUCUUCAGAUGAAGACAAGAAGAGAACAGGAAGCGAAAACUGUGAUGACACAAGCCUGGAAAAUGUGUCUGUAAUGAAGCUGCGAAAAAAGUCAAAUGGUGCCAGAGAUUACAGUAAGACACAUUGUUGUUUGUACUGUCCCAUGCUCUGCCAGAAAAUGGCAAAGCAUUUAAUCCGCAAACACACCAAUGAACCUGCUGUAGCUAAAGCAAUAAGUUUUCCUUUGAAGUCAAAGGAACGAAGAUUACAUUUUGACCUUAUUAGAAAUAAAGGGGAUCGUGCUCAUAACAACGAGGUCCUAAACACUGGUAGUGGCACACUGAUGCCAAGCUAUCGAGCUGCAAAACCAGCGAAAGCAAGUGACUACAUGCACUGUAUAAACUGUGAGGCUUUGCUCAAAAGAAAGUCAUUGUGGAGGCACAUGUCCAAGUGUAGGCUUUCACUUACAUGUAGCACGCUAAAGCCAGGUAGAAGUCGGAUCCAGGCGCUCUGUGCGUAUGCACAGCCUGUCCCAGAUGGUGUUAGCCAAAAUGUUUGGGAGCAAAUGCCAUGUAUCAAGAUGAAGUCACAAACAUCAUCAAAAAAGAGACAACCAUUUUGAAACUUGGAGAACAUUUGUAUGCCAAGCAUGGACAUGACAAAACCAAACAUGACCACAUUAGACAAAAAAUGUGGGAAAUCGGGCGACUAGUUCAGCAGUCACGGACAGGUGGUAGACUGAAACUAAUUAAGGACUUCUAUGUGCCUUCAAACUUUAACUUUGUGGUUGAAGCAGUAAAAGCUGUGGCUGGCUUUGAUGAGGAGAAAAACACCUACAAAACUCCAUCGCUGGCUCUGAAGCUGGGUCAUAGUCUCAAGAAGAUUGCAGAUAUUCUUGAGUGAAAAGAAACAGGAAGGUUCCGAUCCUUCUAACACCGGACAUGCUGUCAUCAAUGGAGGCCUUAGUUGCUCAUCGGCGGACCUGUGGUGUGCCUGAUGACAAUCCUUAUUUCUUUGCCAGAGCUGAAGCAAAGAGUCACUUAAGGGGAUCAGAUGCCAUCAGACAGAUGGCAAAGGAAUGUGGGGCCAAGCAUCCUGAAACUCUGUCCUCAACCAAGUUAAGAAAGCAGGUCUCCACACUGUCCACAGUUCUCAACCUGAAGGAUAAUGAGAUGAGUGAAUGAAUGAGCUUGGAUCAAAUCCAGAUUGAUCCCAGUGAACAGGUACUAGAAGCUGUGGACAGUGACCUGUCAGAGACAGAGAUGGGCGGGGACUCAUCUUUUUGCUCCUCAGCAUCCUCGAGCUCUAAGAAAAGACGACAGCCUGUUGAGUCUGACAGUGAUGACCCUCAAACAGGGGGACAGCAAAACUCUCAUGAGCCUGGCAGUGUUGAACGUCCCACUAAAGCAUCCUCGAGCUCUAAGAAAAGACGGCAGCCUGUUGAUGCUGACAGCGAUGACCCUCAAACAGAUGGCUUUCAUUCAGACAAUGAAGGUGUGUUGACAGGAUCCUCAAGACAUAAGAGAAAACAGAAACCUGGUGAGACUGACGGUGAUGACGGUGACUCUAAACGAGAAACCUCAAAGAAGAGGAGCUGGUCAGUUGGUGAAGUCCGGGCAGUGGAAAAGACACUUAAAGAUUUCAUCGAAUCUGGUAAAGUACCAGGAAAAUCGGACUGCAAUGCCUGCAUUAAGGCUUCACCAGAGGCACUGAAAAAUAGAAGCUGGACUGCGGUAAAGUUCUAUGUUAAAAACCGGAUCACUGCCAUUCAGCGUAAAAGUGCAAAAAGAAUUUAUUGAAAAGAGAGCACUUGAAUGUUUUGUUACGCACAUUCUAUGAUUGUGCAUGUUUUGAUGAUCCAUGUGUUGGUGUGAAUGCGUUCUUGUUCAUGUAUUCAGUACUUGAAACAUUUCGCACUAGUUAUUGUACAGUUCAACUGGCCAUAUACCUACCUGUACACACCAAGUGGAGGAUAAGUGACCAGAUUUUGGCUGUCACUAUGGUUACGUGUGAGUAAUAAAAUCUUGUAAGAUUAACUUCAGAAAGCCUGUCUUGUGUGAGAUAACAUUUACUUAAAGUAAAGUAGAGCUGCUGUUUUUUUCA